UUGGAUCCCUUUUAGUGUAGGGGUCUCCGUCACCACCCUCUUACGGAGCAAGGGAAAUCGACUUCGAUCGAUCGAUCGAUCGCUUUCUAAUGGCGGAUCCCAAGCUCGAGAAGGAGACGAGGGCGGAGGAGGAUCGGAGGAAAGAGGCAGCGGAGAAGGCGGUGGAAGUGGCCGACGAGGCGGAGGCAGAUGCGGGGAAGAAGGAAAAGAAGGAGCAAGAGGAGGACGCGCGAGAGUGGGGUAGGCCCGUUCGGGUCUACGCCGACGGAAUCUAUGAUCUCUUCCACUUUGGGCACGCCAGAUCCCUCGAGCAGGCGAAGAAAUCGUUUCCAAACACGUAUCUUCUUGUAGGUUGCUGCAACGAUGAAGUAACACACAAGUUUAAAGGGAAGACUGUGAUGACCGAUACCGAGCGUUAUGAAUCACUCCGUCAUUGCAAAUGGGUCGAUGAAGUCAUUCCUGAUGCUCCUUGGGUGAUCACAAAAGAGUUCCUUGAUGAGCACAAGAUUGAUUAUGUAGCGCAUGAUUCUCUCCCAUAUGCAGAUGCAAGUGGAGCUGGCAACGAUGUUUAUGAAUUUGUUAAAGCCAUUGGAAAGUUUAAGGAAACAAAGCGCACAGAAGGGAUCUCAACAUCUGAUAUUAUAAUGAGGAUAGUUAAAGAUUACAACCAGUAUGUGACACGCAAUUUGGCCAGGGGAUACACGAGGAAGGAUCUAGGUGUCAGCUAUAUGAAGGAAAAGCGGUUGAGGGUUAACAUGGAAUUUGAGAAGUUGUAUGACAAAGUUAAGCAGCAUCAAGAAAAAGUGGGGAAGAAGUUAGGGCUGCUUCAUGAUGAAUGGGUGGAAAAUGCCGAUCGCUGGGUUGCUGGUUUUCUUGAAAAGUUUGAGGAAGGUUGCCAUCAAAUGGGAACGGUCAUCAAAGAACGAAUUCAGGAGAGCCUGCAACCAAGAGGCUUCAGCUUGUUGCAGUACGAGGAAGAGUAGCAGCGCAGCAUUCACCCACAUGUAGUUGUAAAUUAUGAGGUAUAGAGAAAGAAAUGCCACAGAUAAAAUCAUCUCACAUGAUGUGUUCCCGAACUCAUGAUGUCCUGUUGCUGGGUCGUAGGAAGACUUGGUAACGCGUGGGAUGUCUUCGUUUGGUAGACUUUUGUUUUUGGUACUCACAAAACAGCCUCUUAAAAGUCCACAUUGUGAGGCUUCGGUUUUAGAAGAAUGGUCUUUAUCUCGUGUUGCCUUAUUCUGA